AAGUUCCUUCUACCCCGCAAGCAGCCCGUUUGAAUGGUCUAAUCCUACAGGCUUGGACCUGUCACACUUGUCACACGCAGCCCCACCCCCACAACUCUCUAUAUGGCGGGUCUUUUCUGGGGUAAUAUGAAAACGUCAUUGGGUCAGCUCAGUGUUGGAGCAUGAUGAUCAGCUAUGAUUUUCUGUAUUCCGACCACACACAUCAAGCGCUACAAAAUAGCUACCUGCCCAAUUCUAACCGCUGGUGGAUUCAACCAUCUAUUCACGUGUGGUACAUCUCUAGAGGGAUCGUCGACUAUUGGUUCCACGGGUAUGCUGCCUACCGUUCACCUAGCUAAUACUCCAGCGAAUCCGACUUGCCGAUUUGGCACCAUUCGCGCCGAUAUUCUGCAUGUUUACCGUGCCUCGGCUGGUUCCAGCACCAGUAAUAGAGAAUCUUGGUGUAGAUUUCACAUGCAACCCCAAAAUAUCCUUCGAGACAUGGCAUUCCCGUCUUGUUUAUGCAGGGCCAAGUUUCUAUUAACCCGGGGAAUAGACCCAAGAUGGCAUAUUUACCCCGUGGGGAGGAGAAUAAAGAAAGAGAUUCUUUCCAGAUUCGAUCUCCGACUCCCCGGUUUUUCGAGAAAUCCUCUGGAGAAACUGCGAAAUUGGGUAAGUCGUGCGGCUAAGGGUCUGUCGCUCGGCGUAACAUGCUGUCGUGUCCCUCAAGCUAUGGCGGUCAGCUGGGCGGGAGAGAGUAAACAUGGGCCAUGUGCGCCAUGUAUUCCUGUUCAGCCUUAGAUGUUAUUGUCUUAGUUCAGGUUAUCCCUUGGUGGUAUGGCAUGCGCGUCAUCCAUGCAUCAUCCAAAGAAUGGAGUCUAUAUAAGAUCGCUAUGUCGCUUCAUAAGACAUAGUGAGACAACCUCCAACAAGGUCUCUCUGGGCCCUUGGUAUCAACAAACAGAGUGUCAGCCGCUGUGUUCACCAGCGUUGCAGUCGCUCUUCCUGCACC